UUUAAUAGUUCACAUUUUAUGUUUGUCUUUACUGAGUUUAUUGAGCCUGUUUGCACCUCAACAGACUGAUAAAUGAUCUGCAGCAGCUUUAUGAACACAUGAUGAUGACCUCAUCCCUUUAUCAUUGGUCCAGCUGUGCAAACACCUGUGCUGUUCACACACAGGUGUUUGUUUCCAUGCUCCGCUUUUGUGCUACAGCAGGCUGAACAUUACAUUCAGAUCUGUUAAUCAAUCCCUUGCCAAUACAGUUCGUUUGAACAUCUUAUUCUUAGUUUUCCUAAUCCUGAUUGCAAAACUGUAAAACCACUCUUGUUUGUAGUUUUAUAUCGUCCACCAGGCCCUUACUCUGAGUUUUUGGAUCAGAUCUCUGAUUUUUUAUCCGAUUUGGUGCUAAAUACUGAUAAGGUCAUUAUAGUGGGGGAUUUUAACAUUCAUGUGGACAUUGAACAUGAUAGCCUCAAUGUAGCCUUUAGUAAUAUCUUAGACUCAAUUGGUUUUACUCAAAGAAUACAUAGCUCCACCCACUCCUGCCAUCAUACAUUAGACCUUGUGCUGACUUAUGGCAUAGAGUGUGUGGAAAUAACCAUAUUUCCACGUAAUCCAGUCCUCUCGGACUACUUUCUGAUAACCUUUGAGUUUUUUAUAACUGAGUUCUCGAGACAUGAAAGUAAAUUUCACUAUAUGUUAAUGUUUGUGUUUAUUUAUUUAGCAGACACUUUUAUCCAAAGAGACUUACAAUUUAUAACCUAUAGGGCAUGUUGUGAUCUGUGGGGGAAACCGGAGUACCCAGAGGAAACCCACGCAUGCAUGGGGAGAACACGCAACUCCACGCAGAAAGGCUGCAGCCGAGUUUCGAACCUGCGACCUUCGUGCUGCGAGGCAACAGUGCUAACCACUGCGCCGCCAUGCAGCCCACAGCCCAUAGUCAUUUUGCAGUGAUGUCAUCGACCCUCCUCCUCCUCCUUCCUCUCAUCAUCCCCGCUUUGAUGCUGGAGUUUCGUUACCAUAGCAACAGUGAAAUCGAGCAAUACUUAGUUCAGGUUAACACCUCCAACCCUGACAUCACUCACCUGUACAGCAUCGGGAAGUCCGUCAAAGGGCAGCAGCUGUGGGUGCUAGCCCUGGGCGUCAGCCCUCGCCGUCACACUGUGGGAAUCCCAGAGUUCAAAUAUGUGGCCAACAUGCAUGGAAAUGAGGUUCUGGGCCGGGUUCUGCUGCUCCAGCUGAUUGACGAGCUGGUUCGAGGUUUCCGGAACAAUGAGACGUGGGCUCUGCACCUCCUGAACAGCACCCGGAUCCACAUCCUGCCCACCAUGAACCCUGAUGGCUUCGAUGCAGCCGACACCAACUGCAUCUACAGCCAAGGAAGGUUCAACUACCACGGAGUGGAUCUGAACAGGGGCUUUCCCGACGCGUUUGCUAGUCUCCAGAACCAGCAGAUUAACGAGGAGAAGAUGGAGCCUGAGGUGAGGGCUGUGGUUGACUGGUUACAGACGGAGACUUUUGUUCUUUCAGCCAACAUCCAUGGAGGAGCGCUGGUGGCCAGUUAUCCCUACGACAACGGCAACCCGAACCAGCUGGUCGGAGCCGGCAUCAGUCCUGACAACGAAGUGCUUGUUUACCUGGCCAAGGUGUACUCCUACAAUCACACCUCCAUGUACCGCGGGGACAUUUGUGUAGACAGUGGACCAUUCCAGGACGGCAUCACAAACGGGUUCCAGUGGUACCCGCUGCAAGGUGGGAUGCAGGACUACAACUACGUGUGGGCUCAGUGUUUGGAGCUGACUCUGGAGCUUUCCUGCUGCAAGUUUCCUCCUGCUGAUGAACUUCCUGCUCUGUGGAUGGACAACAGAAAGGCUCUGCUGGCCUACAUCCAGCAGGUCCACCUGGGGGUAAAAGGUCGUGUGUUUGAUGGCUCUGGUGUGCCGGUGCAGGACGCUGUGGUGGAGGUCAAAGGUCAUCAGAAUAUGUGUCCGUUCAGAUCUAAUCAGUAUGGAGAAUACUACAGACUGCUGCUGCCUGGAACCUACACCUUCGAGGUGAGGUACCCGGAUCACGAGGUUCUGACAGAAACUUUCAACAUCCCAUACGGUCCGGAUCGGUACACCGCUCUGAAACACGACUUCCUGUUGCAACGCAUUACAACGGAGGCUGCCACGCCCCCUGCUGAACCCACCCAGGCUAAUCUCACUACCUGUAACUACAAGGUAAACCAGCGAGGGGGCGGAGCCAUGACCGGGCCCAGGUGGAGCGUGCUGAUGAUGGGGCUCAGCUUAUUGAUCAUGUUGCGGUCACUGAUCAUCUGAAGCUAUCUCAGCACCAGCAGUCUUCAUGGCGUCUGGCGGUUGCAUCUUUGAUCUACUGGACUAAAACGUCAAACUCCAAAACCCACUAAAUCCCUCAGAGUCUGCUGACGUUGGAGACUGGUUUUAGCGUUUGCUUCCAGCUGUUUGGCUCCAUAAACCCAGUUCAGGAGCAAACUGAUGAACUGCUGACAAAGCAAGGAUGAGCAGAGCUACAAUCACCAGAAACAAGAUGGCUGCUUUAGACGUGGUAGAAGUCCGUCAUUCUCAGCCAGAGCUGAUACUUGCACACAAACUGCUUCAGUCUGGAUGUACAACACAUUUAACCAAAUCAUAUUCACAUAACACAAAGUAGUUAUUAGAAGUCCAGUCAGUUGUACAGCUGACAGGUAGCAUAGCUAGCUGAUUACUAAUACAGCUAGCUGAUUAGCAUAUGUAGCUGACAGCUAAUCUCAGGACAAAUGAACUGAUAUUAAAAGUCUGACGAGGUCAUUUGCUAAUCAACAAAAAGCCCUGUAGCAAAGCUGAUGAGUUUAACAACAAAAUAGAGAAAUUUCAUUUGGAACAGGUUUUUAUUAAAGCUGUUCAUUCUUCUCAGCUGAAGGUUUUUUAAAUCCACCCAACAAAGCUAACACGUUAGCUAGAUGUCUUCAAACUGCCUGUUUGAUGAUUUAAUGGUAACAAUGUCACCCACAAUAACACUUAAUGCUCUAAAACAGGAGAUAACCACGUUUUAAAAGAAAAACUUACUUUUACCCAUCAUAACAGGGAUCUCCAGAACUUUGAUUAAAGAUUUAUUUUUCAUGAGUGGGUAAAUAAACACACUAGAAAUCAGGCACAAAAACUACAAAUGGAGCUCAAAUAAAGGAGGCUGAGACACCCGAAGAGCAGCUCUGUGCUGACACGGGAGCAUUAGAAAAGGUUUAAAUCUGCAUUUGCUCUCUUCAAAAGGCAUCAGGGAGGCGGCAGCGGCAGGAAAAAGCUCCAUUGACGGAGGACUUAAGUCAUUCCUGCUGAGACGCUUCGUCUGGCCUGAGAUUCAUUACGGCUGGAUGUAACUGUAAUUUUAUCUGUGAGGAGGAGCACUUUAAAAUUAGCACAUGAAAGGAGAGUGCUGCUUUUAGACAGUCGAGUUUAAAUCAGAGAAAAGGGCUUAAAGCAGCGAGCGAGGAGAGAGCUGAGCGAUUAUACCACGAGUCUGUGGGACAAAUCCGCCAUCAACCGGAGCUGGUCUUUGUUUUUCAGAAUUUCCAAAUCUAUUUUUUAAUUAGUCAAAUUGAGAUUAAUACUAUUUUUAAAUAACAAAACACUUUAUACACUUCUCUUUCUUUUUAUUUGAAUUUUAAUCCGAGUUUCUGAAAGUCUUUUGUCUCGUUUGACUUGUUGUUCCUCAGCUGUGCUUCAACACCUGUUGGUUUGUUUUCAGGGAAAAAUACCGAACAUUCAGAACAUUAAUGGCUCUAACCAAAACGCUGAACAGACAAAAGAGAAAUUAUUUACUAGAACAAUCAGAAUUCAAUAGUGAAACCUAAGCGGAGGCCGAAAGGCCCUCUGGAGCUAGAAGCCGGUAAGACACGCCUGUGCCUCGUAUAAUCUACCCUUAUAAAGUUUAAAUAUUAGUAGUUUGGAGCAGAUUAUUAAACAUCACUACGCGAGUUUAGAUGCAGACGCUCUGGUCUUCAUCCAUGAGAAUAAAAACAAACCUUUAAGGAGGAACACAAAUCCUGGAGAGCAUCCCUCUCCUCAGCAGGACCCGUAGUUACUGACUCUGUUGGUCCCAAUGAGAGGAUUCUGUUAAGCUUUAACUGGGUUUAUUAUUCAUCUUAAACAGAUUCAUAAAUCAAACUUUUUGUUUUUCUAUGUGCAGUUUGAUGUUUUUGCCUCUGAGCUCCUCUGUGCCAUGUUGGAUCUGUUGUGACUGCAGGCUUCGGUCACUCGGACACCUUUGACCUCUGACCCCGCUGCCUUUCUCAUCAUUUCUGUUUGCUUGCAGUGAAAAAUCUCCAUGUUUUGACAUAAUGUAAACGGACGUCUGUUGAGCCCGAUUCUGGAAGGAAGUUCCAAAUAAAAAUAAUAUAAAAGAU